UUCACUUUCUACGGCAUCCCAAUUCCGAAUCAAUCCUCAAAUUCUAUCUCCUAAAUCCCACUCUUCCAAAACUCUCCAAUAUCAACAAUGGCGCCCAAAGCUGAGAAGAAGCCCGCCGCAGAAAAAGCUCCGGCUGAGAAGAAGCCAAAAGCCGGCAAAAAGCUUCCGAAAGAAGCCGGAGCCGCCAUCGGAGAAAAGAAGAAGAAGAGAUCGAAGAGCGUAGAAACAUACAAGAUCUACAUCUUCAAGGUUUUGAAGCAAGUUCAUCCGGACAUUGGAAUCUCUAGCAAAGCUAUGAGCAUCAUGAAUAGCUUUAUCAAUGAUAUUUUUGAGAAGCUUGCUCAAGAAUCUGCGAAACUUGCUCGUUAUAAUAAGAAGCCGACUAUUACCUCUCGGGAGAUUCAGACUGCUGUGAGACUUGUUCUUCCUGGUGAAUUGGCUAAACAUGCUGUUUCCGAGGGUACUAAGGCUGUUACGAAGUUUACAUCUGCAUAAGAAAUUAGAUUGGGGCUUAAUUCGUGUUUUUGAUUUAUUUAGGGUUUAUAGACAUGCUCUUUUGAUGUAUUUUUUAGGCAUCUAAAAUUAACUAAUAUGAAUACAAUUGGAUCUAUUAUUGCGCA